AUGGUCGUCACGAGGCAGGGCACCGUCACCUCUGCUGCAGGCCCGCCUGGAGGUGCUGCAGCUGCAGCGGCAGGUGCAGGAGCGGAUGCAGCAGCAGCAGCAGCAGCGAAGGGUCGCAGCCCGGUAAAGCCUGCAGCGCAGCAGAGGGCCCCUUCGAAGAAGAAGAGGGGAGGGGGACGUUCACCAGCAGCGCCUAGGACAGCAGCACACAGAGGAGCUGCAUCUCCUGGUGGUUCUCCAAGAUCUGCAGGAGGAGGAGGAGGAAGCCCUCGUGUGCACAUUGCAAGUAGACCUGUGGUGCUUCCAUCUCUUAGCACAUCAUCUUUUAGCAGCAGAAGGUCCCCAUCAGAUAAACCUCUUAUUAGGGGGGGCCCCCUAAAGGAGAGGCAGCAGACGGGGCCCCUACCUUUUGUAAGACAGAUGAGUGAUAUGAGUGAUGUGGAGGUACCGACACAUGACGAUACAGAGGAGAGUCUUGUUGCAGCACCAGCAGCAAGACGAGCAGCAUCUACUACUAGGAGACGUAGAGGAGGAGGAGCAGUAUCAGGAGGAGGAGCAACAGACGAAGGUGAAAUAACAAGACAAACAAGCAGCAGCAGCAGCAGCAGCACAAGCAGCAACAGAAGCAGCAGCAGCCGGCAGUCGCGGCCAGUGCCUCUACUACAGAAGGAGGUAUAUAACGAUCCAUCCGUUCUUGGUGGAAUUCGUUCACGAAGCCGUAUAAUAAGCAGCAGCAGCAGCAGCAACAACAACAACAACAACAUCCUAGACGGGAGCAGCAGCACAUGCAGCAACAGCAGCAGCAGCAACAGUAGUAGCAGCAGCAGCAGUAGCAGCAGCAUAAGUAGUAGUAGUACAAGUCGUAUAUCUGAGGGUAAAUUAGGUCAAUUAUUAUUAACAUAUUUUUGUUAUGCUUCCUUAUAUCUAACUCGUAAACCUUUUGCUUCUUGUAAGAGAGAAAUAGAGAAACAAUUAUCCUUAUCUACUGCUGCAUUAGGAGGAAUAGAUACUGUAUUCUUAUCUGCAUAUGCAGCCUCUCAGCUCCUAUUAGCUCCUUUCUUAUUAGGUAGAGCAGCAGCAGCAGCAGCAGCAACAGCAGCAGCAGCAACAGGAGCAGCAGCAACAGGAGCAGGAAAAGGAGGGAAAGGAGGAGGUGAUCCUACAGCAGCAGCAGCAGCAGCAGGAAGAGCAGUGGAGCGCCAGCCGUCGCAGAUGCAGCAUCAGCAGGAGGACAAACAGCAGCAGCAGCAAAUGCAGCAGCAGCAGCAGCAGCAGCAGGAGAAAUCUUUGCUGCUUCGUGUAUUGGGUGUUGGACGUUUUCGUCGUUUAUGUGCUGCUUAUUUCUCUGUUAAACUUGUUCGUUAUGCUCUAUUAUAUUGGUUAGCUUAUUACCUAGAGCAGCAUGCUGCUCUUACUGCAGCAGCAGCAGCAUUCUAUUGCACAUACUUCGAUGCGGGUGGAGUCUUUGGAUCUGUUGCCUUAGGGUGGUUCUCUGAUAAAUAUUUACGAGGCCGUCGUGUUGUGCUGCUCUCUCCUCUUUGCUGCAUAGCGGGGGUUUCGCUGCUGCUGCUGCACAGCGCGGUGGUGUGGGGCCCCGCAGGGGAUCUAGGGUUUGCUGCACAGGCAGCGCUGCUGCUUGCAGGUGCAGCAAUAGCAGCACCAGACUCUGUCUUAGGUGCAGCAGCAGCAGCAGAUGCAUGCGCUGAGGAGGGAGCAGCAAAUGAUGCUGCAUUUGCUGCAGCAGCAGCUUGCAUUGUUAAUGGGUCUGGUAGUGUAGGCUCAAUAGUGCAGGGCCUUCUUACCCCAACUCUUCUAGCUGUCUAUGGCUGGGGUGGGGUAUUCAACUUCCUUGCAGGGAUUUCUUUCUUAGGGGCAGCCUCUCUACUCCCUGGUGCAAUAAAAGACUAUAAGUUCCUACGAGCAGCAAAAAAAACUGCAUAA